GAGCCAAGCUUGUAAAUGCUACAAUUAUUAAAGAGUGCUGUCACUCUUAUCUUCUUCCCACUGCCACGAGCAAAAGUUGGGCAUAGGAUCGUCGGUGAUAGAGUCUGUGGACGCUUACUAGUGAAAGACGAGAGAGUCAGAUGGCAUCCCCCUUCGGCGACGAUGACACUUACGUGGGUUAUGAUCCCCGCCUUCCUUCCCAGCGCUAUGAGUCCUACCCCAGCUUCGCAGCGGAUGAGGAUUCAGGCGAUCCCACGGUGAUCUCCGACGAUCAUCUUACCUCCGGCGUCCAUGCAGUAUCUGGUGGAGCUUUCGGUGCCGACGAGAAUUCCCAAGAACACCUUGUUUCUGGACCCGGUAGUAUUUCUCCUUCUUCCGACGCUUCGCCUUUCAUCAUACCGGAACUUAACGGGAAGGUGCACGGAGAGGAGGAGAAUGGAGGAUUCUUCGCUUCUGAUGGCCCGGUACUCCCGCCCCCCAGCGAGAUGCAUCCGGAGGAAGGGUUUAUUCUGCGGGAGUGGCGCCGCCAAAAUGCUAUUCAUCUCGAGGAGAAAGAAAGGAAAGAGAAGGAACUCCGUAAUCAGAUAAUCGCCGAAGCUGAAGAAUUCAAGAUUGAGUUCUACGAGAAGAGGAAACUGAACAAAGAGACUAAUAAAACCACCAACAGAGAAAAGGAGAAGAUCUUUGUGGCCAGUCAGGAGAAAUUUCAUGCCAGUGCAGAUAAGCAGUACUGGAAAGCCAUUGCUGAGCUCAUCCCAAAUGAAGUCCCUAAUAUUGAGAAGAAAAGAGGGAAGAAGGAUGCAGAAAAGAAACCGUCUAUUAUUGUACUUCAAGGCCCCAAGCCUGGAAAGCCCACUGACCUCUCAAGAAUGCGUCAGCUUCUUAUUAAGCUAAAGCAUAAUCCCCCACCCCACAUGAAACCCCCACCAACCCCACCUGCUGCCCCCACACCACCUGCCAAAGAGGGCCCUGCGGCUAACACGAGCGGCAGCCCUCCGGAAGGCACGAAUGUGGCGGUAACAGCACCGGCAACAAAUGGUUCGUCCAAAGCGAAGAAUGAUGUGCCUAUAGAAACUCCAGGAGCGGCGGCAAGAGAAGCGUCUGUAGUGCUAGUGGAUUAAGGUAUCACGUAGCGCACUUUAGUCUAACGCAUGUUAUCAUUACUAAAAAAAAUUUAUUAAAAGGUCCAUAAUUAUCAUGUUAUUUUCGGAUUUGCUUGGCUAUCUUCUGCUUAUUUAUUGUGAGAUUUGUUUUUGAGGAUAGCCAUAUAGUGUAUUUUGGAUGUCUAAUAUGUGUGAUAGGGAUUGUUUUUAUAU